AUUGAAAAAGUUCUUCAGCAGGGAGAGAUUGGAGACUGUGCAGAACCCUACAUGGUUAUCAAAGAAAGUGAUGGUGGAAAGAGUAAAGAAAAGAUAGAGAAACUAAAACUUCAAGCGGAAUCUUUCUGCCAGCGUUUGGGGAAGUACCGCAUGCCCUUUGCCUGGGCUCCCAUUAGCUUAGCAAGCUUCUUCAAUGUCUCUACCCUGGAGAGGGAAGCCGCCGAUGUGGAAUACAUGAGUGGGAAAAGCUCUGUGGGCGAGCGGAGAACUUUGUCCCAGUCUAGAAAGCUUUCUGAAAGAACCCUGUCCUUGGAGGAGAACGGGGUUGGAUCCAACUUCAAGACCACCCCCACGACCAUUAACAGCUUUUUCAAGCAGGAGGGAGAUCGCCUUAGUGAUGAAGACUUAUUCAAGUUUUUGGCUGACUACAAAAGAUCUUCAUCCUUACAGAGAAGAGUCAAGUCAAUUCCAGGUUUGCUCAGACUGGAGAUUUCUCCGGCUCCAGACAUAAUCAACUGUUGUCUGACUCCCGAAAUGCUGCCAAUGAGACCCUUUCCUGAAAAUCGGACCCGUCCACACAAAGAGAUUUUGGAAUUUCCAAUCCGGGAAGUAUAUGUCCCUCAUACUGUGUACAG